AUGCCAAAAGGUCGUUGCACAUUUCCACUCAGCUCGUUGGCGCUGACAAGAAGCGGAGAUAAAGGAAACUCUGUGAACAUAGGUAAUACUAUCACAAUCAUAUUCUGUGUCUUUUUUCCCCUUGGAGGCGUCCGUACAUUCUUAGCCUGUGUAGCUGGCGGUAUUGUGUGGGUGCGAGAUUAAAGUUUUGGCGGCGGAGCCGUGUUCCAAAAAAAGGGGUGACGGCUCCGCCAUCAAAUCGCACUCGACUAUAUUACAACGGCUCCGCCGCCAAAUCUCACUCGACUACUACACAAUACCGCCAGCUACGCAGGCUAGUACAUUCUUAUCUGGAUAAGGCGACAGAGAAAUGCUGACCACGUGAAUCACCUGAUCAUGCGACACACCGGUAGGCCAGUACCUUAAUCAUGCGCGCGGUAAGGAAGACACUUUUAGGGUAUUUGCAGAGCCUCCCGUGUUUUAUUCAAAGAAAAUAAGAUCAGCGAACGAUUUGAGGGUUUUAUCGGCAACGAAAACAAAAGAGAGAACGCAAGCGCUGGUUAUAGAAUGAACGAGAAAUGCAAAUACAGUAAGAAGAGUAACCGAGUGCAGUACUUGCAUUUCUCGGGAGAAGUAAUUUUGAAAUUUUAUGUUGGUGGAGGUUUAACUCAUUUGAGUUGUACACCAACUUAAUUUUUUAUCUUUACAGGUGUUAUUGCUCGUCACCCUUCUUAUGUUCCCUUUAUCCGUGCUGCUCUUACCGAGGAGUCUGUAGAAAAAUACUUCAAGCAUUUAUUUCCCUCAUUACCAGAAGCAGGACGUUGUCGAGUAAAACGGUAAAGAAACUUCCGUUGUAGGUUAUCCCGCGUAAGAAGCGUUUCCGUGCGGUUUGUGAGCAAAGAACGAGGAACGAGAGUCAAAGACCACGCGAAAAAUGGGGCGAUUAAAACAGCGGGGAGGGCUCUCGUUCCAUUUUUCGCGCAGCCAAAACCGAAAAUCCCGUUCCACGUCGUUCCUCGGUCUUUCUUUGCUCCGAAAUCACACGGAAACGGUUGCUACGCAGGCUAGUUGCAGGUAGACUUUGACCUAUGUUGGCGCUUAGUAUCUUGGUGGUUUGUGCGGCUUAACUCUUUCUCUCCCAAUCGUCCUUAACGUCACUAAGUGAAUAAAUUGAAAAAAAAAAAUUACUUUAGAUAGUUUGUUUUGAAAAACGCUACAAAAGGAACGGUACUAUGUAUUAAAAGCACCGUUGAAUAACGUUCUCUUCAAUGUCACGCCACAGGAUUUUAUCCACGACUCAAAAGAUAGAACUAGGGGUCAUCAGUUACAGCAGUUAACUGUGCUUGUUAUAGGUAUUUUAUAGUGCUUUUAAAACAACUGAAUUAAUUUAUUUAAUUAAUCUACUUUGUGGUCUUUGCAGAUACGAACUUCCAGGAAUCAAUGCGUUUAACUUUGUUCUAGAGGACGCGUUAGGAGGUGGCGGUGUAACAUCUUUACGUAGCGAUCCACAGGUAAAAUGGAAAGGUUCUUUUGGGGGAAUUUAGUUAAAAGAAUUUUCUGAGUGAUUGGGGCCCUUGCUCUCCCAAACUGCUUUGCGAGUCGGGUUGAACCAAAAAAAAAAAGCGCUGGUUAACGCCAAGGUAGCAAAGGAAAAUUUCAGUUUAUAUUUAUCGUACAGUCACGCCCUAUGUGAUAUAUUGUUCUCUUUUUUUGUGAAUUCAUAACUUAACAGUCUAAAAAUCACAUUCACCUAAAACUGUUUAGGUGAACACCGCGAACCAAUUGUCCACUGACUUUCUGAAUCGAUCAUUAGCUCACUUGCUGUCUCCCUCGCUGAUUGGUUGAUUGCUGGACUAUUUGACCGAUUGACUGAUUGAUUACCCUUUAUUACAACAUUAAUAGGCCACUUGCUCGAUGAUAUCUUUUUACUACUAAGACCACAUUUCAGGACGUCUUUUCCUUUCAUGAGGUCUCGUGAGGUUAAAAUAAUGAAGGCCCUAAUUUGCAAAGGAAAGCAAAACCCUGAAGGAUUUUGGUAGUAGGAGUAAAAUGACGCUAUUGUGCAAAUGACCCUUUCAGGUACGGAAAAACGGGCACCAAAAAUCAUGCAACUUGUCUUGCAACAUUGCUGCGAAACGAGUUGAAUAGCGACUUUGCGCGUAUUACCACCCACAUCAAACCUGUUUUGCAUCAAAUAAGGUUGUUAACAGUUUUUAACGUGAGUUAUAAAACGCGCAACAUCGCUUUUCACCUCAUUUUGCAACAAUGUUGCAAAACAAGUUGCACGUUUUUUGUUGCCCGUUUUACCGAAGCUUUAGUUGUUUCAUUGAUAAUGCUUUUAAAAAAGUAUUUGUUUGCGAAAAGAAGAAUUCUCUUCUAUUCCUUUUUCCUCGUUUUAUACCUUCUGAUUCACGGUAGCGAUUCUUUAUUCAUGUAUUCAUUGUCACGUUUUUCUCAGUGAAUUUAUUUUUUUCAUUGCAGGGCAAGGCACUUGGUCAGAUGCUGCUAGAUUUUAGGAUAAAGAAUGUUCCUGACAUUUUACCAUCUAUUAUUGAACCAAACCUAUAA